CAGAACACGUGACGCUAGCCAAUGGUCUGAUGUUGCUACUGCCGUUGGGGUCUUUCUCUCUCCUUUUCUCGUCGUCAUCGUCAUCAUCUUCUCGUUCACUCAGCAUGCUACUAACCACUUGGUUUGCAACUCUUUAUUAGUCUAGCGCGGACUAUCGUGUACCCCUUGCCUCGUUGCAUCCGACUGCUCAUUAUUAUCUAACGUGCACAAAGUUUACCGUGAGAUCAAUAUAACUAAGUUUUUUUAAGUAAAGUAUCUGCAGUUGACAUCCAAAGGAUUAUUGUGCUCAAGUGAAUUCGGGCUUGUUUGAAAAUACAUCGGAAGAAGCGACGGAUUCGUUACUGGAAUCAUAUCGCGCUACACAUCCGGAUGACGAUAGUUUUACUGAUAUCUCCUGUCGCUCAGUGAACGUCCUGUUGAAUAUAUGUACAUACAUAUACAUAUAUGUAUAUACAUAUACUCAUGCUCAUGCGUACAUGUAGUGUAAAUAGAGUCACGACGUUGAUGUGAUUGACCACGUGAGAAUCCGGCUUUUGUAAUUGUGGUGAUAUUUUUUUAAAAAAUAUAUCAAGUGCCCGCUGACAUGUGUCAGCUUUUUAAUCAUCUACUCUUAGAGGCUGAUAUUUAUUGUCCACACCAACAAUAUCUUUAUCAAGACAAUUUAGUUUCAAGCAGAUACACAAAAUUUUACCGGUUAUCCACGAGUACUGUGAAUUUUGUAACACGCCGGUUGACGACAAGCACAAGUGUAAUUUGAAAAAAUGGUGGCGCUCGUCGCGAUGCGACGCGAACAUACAACAGGACGUAGCAGCAAUUACGAGCCCGCUAAUCCACUUGCAGGUUUUGAUCAUCUCCAACAAAAUCCAUUCGGGCAUCCAGUGAUCAAUGAAUCGAGAUCACGUGACAUUCAGACUACUGAAGAUGGUGAGUUACAGGAAUUUGUGGAUAUCGCACAAGUCCAACAAUUGCUACAGCAACAGACGCAGCACCAGCAGCAGCAUCACCACCAUCAGCAGCCACCACCGACGUCUUGUCUCUGGGGGGCGGUUUAUCCGCCGCCUCCACCAACUAUCAGUUACCCUCAUCAUCAUCAUCACCAUCAUCAUCACCAUCCUUCAGAAUCUCACCAGUCAGGCGAGGAGACGCAGUGCGGAGCUGAGGAAGCAUUAGCGGCAUCUGCCACUGUAGUAAAUCCAACACAACUUCAGAGGAUGACCAUGGACGGAAUUGAGGUGGUCGGCACGCAGCAUCAUGCUGCAGCCAGUCCAUUUCUGCUGUCAUCACCACCACCAGGACAUCAUCAUCACCAUGUCCAUCACACCCACGCUUCUUACAAUAUCCAAGCAGUCCAGUUGAGUUUUGACGCCUGUCUGGCUUACAAUACUGCGAGCUCAACUUCUGGGAUUCCCAUAGGCCGUGGGACGUCAUCGCCGAUAGCCGCGACCUCCGUCAACAGUGGCAAGGCAGUAUCACUGCUAACUCUUUCAAGUUGUCCUCCAUUACAUUCAGCGAGCUCCGACUCGCCGGAUAUUCAUCACCGGCAUCGGCACCAUCACCACCACCAUCACAAUGAUAGCCAACAACAUCAUUCUAUCUCAGAGAACCCAGUAUCACCGAGUGAUUCUGCGGAAAAACAAAUCCAACCGCGCAAUGGUGACGACGACGAUGUAUGCAUCGGAAACUGCCAAGACGAUAUGCGUGACGCAACAGAAAAAGAUAAACCGGGUGACUUAAAUACUCCUGUCACCACCAGUAGCGAUUUGCCAUCUUUUUUUGGACCCUCCGCUCUCGUAGAACCACCACCAAUAUCAGGUAGUCUAGCAGGCGAUGAUCUCUCCCUUGAAGCAGCAACUGUAGAAGAUGAUGAAACGGUGGUUUCUACAGGGCGGGAUCACCACCACCAUCAUCACCAUCAAGACAAUACGGAUUCGACAACUGGUAGAGCGCACUCGUCAUCUAGUCCCCAGCGUCAUCAUCAGUCCCAGGAGGACAUUGAACGCUGUAAUAUCCUUCAAGGAGGUGUCAUACUCUAUUCAGCUCCACACUCAUCGUCUUCAGUUUCCUCUACGCCUGUCACGAGUGUCAACAUUUGUAAUGUACCCACGCUCACUUAUCGAGGUAUUUUUACGACAACGUGCACUCAAUCAACGACUCUUAACACUCUCCAGACACCUCAACAGCAACAACAACAGCAACAACAACAACAACAACAGCAACAACAACAGCAGCAGCAACAACAACAGCAACAACAACAACAGCAGCAACAACAACAACAACAACAACAACAACAACAGCAGCAACAACAACAGCAAACAACUCAAGAAAUCUGGAAUUCAAUUCCAUCCCCAUCUCUCACCUUAACGAGUCAGCCAUUCCUCCAUCCCUCACUUCACUCCGCACCCUACGGGGGUGAGACCGUAGAAUUACUUCAAGUUGAUUCUAAACCCCCUCCUCAUUCUGGGUAUCACGAUUCGCCGUCUUCCACAUCGACAACUUGGCUGACCAGUCACGAGGACAACUACGACUCUGGCCUGCUGUCCCAUCAUCAGCCUCACCUCCAUCAUCAUCAUCACCCAGAGACAACGCUCAAGCAAGAACCAGUUUCUAAUUCUGGAUAUAAUCCAGCUGUGCAACAUCAACAGUCUCAACCCCAACAACAACUGCCCACACCAGGGUCCGGUGCCGUUCAACUUGCGGAGUAUAAUCCCAGCACAUCUAAAGGCCAUGAAAUUCUAUCCCAAGUCUAUCAGCAGAGUGCUCUGCCUCUCAGGCUAGUCCCAGUUAAGCCCAGAAAAUAUCCAAACAGACCGAGCAAAACUCCAGUCCAUGAAAGGCCUUACGCUUGUCCAGUCGACGGCUGCGAUCGCCGGUUCUCGCGCAGUGACGAACUUACAAGACACAUUCGUAUCCACACUGGCCAGAAGCCAUUCCAAUGUCGCAUCUGCAUGCGAUCUUUUUCCCGGAGUGACCACCUCACCACCCACGUCAGGACUCAUACUGGUGAAAAGCCAUUCUGCUGUGAUCAAUGUGGAAGAAAGUUUGCCAGGAGUGAUGAGAAAAAAAGACAUGCUAAGGUUCAUUUGAAACAGAGGCUCAAACGUGAGGCGACCCACAUUAAUUCAAGGAAUCAUUCUCAAGCUCACGUUUCUUCACCUUGUAAUCAGUAAAUUUACUAAAUUUUUAAUUUAAAUUAGAGUAAUUUCUUCAGGAAAUAAAUGUUUCAUGACAUGAGAUUUAAAACGACCCUCACAUAUUUGUCUAAUGUGUGUUUGCUCGUUGCUAUUAAAUUUUAAAAAGUAAUUUAUAUAAAUUUUUCAGAUUAGUAAUUUUUAGAAAAUGCUAUAGUAUUAAUUUAUCUGAUCUCUGUUAAUACUUGAAUAUCCUCUCACGGAUACCCGAGUCUUUCAAAUGUAAGAACGUGUAAUCGUUUAUCGUUACCUUAGUUUUAAUGGAUGGAGUUUUUCAUUGCUCGAAAUUAUGAAAUUAAAUGACGUCAAUUGUUGGUCCUUAUUAAUCAUUUUUAUCGUGCGUUAUUCAUAUUAAAGAUAAAUAUAUAUUUAUAAAAAAUUAAUCAAUGGUGUUAAUGGUGUAUUGAUUAAUCUAUCAUUUUUUCUUCACAGAUUUUUCA